AUGAGGCACGGGUCAACGUCGUCGGCCCCGCGGCCCGGAGCCGGAGGAGGGUCCAAGGAGAGGCCGCCGCCAUCUGCGCCGAGGCCCAGCUCGAGCAUCAUCCUCCUCUCCCCCACAAACCAGCUCCUGCUUCUCCACCGCGUACGGACCUCCUCGUCCUUCGCGUCAGCGCACGUCUUCCCGGGAGGCAACCUCUCGGCCUUCCACGAAGGGCCCAUCCCGGGCCCGGACUCCCCGGCCCGGCACCGCGACGGCGAGGCCUACCGCCUGGGCGCCAUCCGCGAGACCUUUGAGGAGAGCGGGAUCCUGCUCGCACGGCGGCGGCGGCGGCGGGCCACCCCAUCCACCACCACCACCUCUGGGGAAGGAGGAGACCAGCUGCUCCUGGACCUGCCCGAGCCCGUCCGCGAGGCCGGCAGGCGCGCCGUGCACGCGGGCUCGGUGCGCUUCGUCGACUGGCUCGCGGGCGCGGGAGGGGUCGCGGACGUGGGCGGGCUGGUGCCGUUCACGCGGUGGGUGACGCCGGCCAACAUGGCGCCGCGGCGGUUCACGACGCAGAUGUACCUGUACAUGCUGCCGACGGAGUGCCCGGAGGAGGAGGAGUGCUCGGCCGAGGUGGUGGGCGCGCCGGUUGCGCCUGGGGGCGCGGUCGUGAUCCCCAAGCCGACGCAUGAUGGGGGUGUCGAGCACACGGCUGCGGCGUUUGAUAGCGUGGAGGGGUGGUUGGCCAGGGCGAGGGCUGGGGAGAUUAUCUUGUUCCCGCCGCAGAUGUACUUGCUUACUUUGCUUGCUCGGUUCCUCACCGGGCCUCCCGGUGGUGCGGCGGCGCAGGACGAGGGGCUGCGGCGCCGGCACUACGAGGGGCAGCGGGACGCGCUGCGGGCUUUCCUGGCGAGGGAGCCGGGGGGAGAACACCCGACGGGGCGGAUCGGGUGGGCCGACAAGGUGAUGAGCCCCAGGUUGAUGUUUAUGAGGCGGGCGGAUGGGAGGAGUGUGCUCGGGGUGGAUGGGCCCGGGCCGGAGCUGAAGGGGUCCGGGAGGGGUGGGGACUGGGAGAGGGUUGUGCUGGUGCGGUUUGGGCCGGAGGGGCCGAGGGAGGUGGAGGUGCGGUCGAGGGAGGAGGUGCUUGAGGAGGAGAGAGAGGCGGAGAGGAGGGAGGUGGAGGAGGACAAGAGGGCGCAGGGAAGGGUGGUUGGGAAGCUGUGA